GAAAUGGCGGUUGGAGACGGAGGAGGAGCAAGGGCGGGAAAAGGCGCAGCCUCGAGUGCCAAGAGCGUGGGUGCAUGGUUGCUUCCCUGGCCUUCCUUCGCCUCUUCUCCAGGCCUUCGACCUGGGGAAAGCCCCGGUGAAGACGUGAUCCGUUCAACUGAACAAAGGAAAUGGCGGCCGCACCCGAGCCCUUUAAACUCCUAGGAAUUUUAGAUGUUGAAAACACUCCCUGUGCACGGGAUUCGGUAUUAUAUGGCUCAUUAGGAUCUGUUGUGGCUGGCCUUGGACAUUUUUUGUUAACUAGCAGAAUUAGAAGAUCAUGUGACGUUGGGGUAGGAGGAUUUAUCCUGGUGACUUUAGGAUGCUGGUUCCACUGUAGGUAUAAUUAUGCAAAGCUAAGAAUCCAGGAAAGACUUGCCAGAGAAGGAAUUAAAAACAAGAUUUUAUACGAAAGUACCCACCUUGAUCCUGCAAGAAAACAGACCAAUGGCGGCAGCAGCGGCAAUUGAGCAGUCUUGAGCAUAGAAAACCCAGAUACAAUUCACUUCAUUGUGAACAAAGCUGAGAUGAACUACAGAGAACGUUUUAUGUACCAUAAGACAGCUUUCAAUCAAGUAAAUAAAGUAUGUGUAAGCUGCAGUCUUUUUUACACGUGUCAGUAUUUACAAACUUAUUCUGGCUCUGUAUCUACUGUCCGUAUAGCAUGAUGGACUCACUUCAAAUAAUCUUUGUGUUUAACUUGCUUAGAAAAGUGUUUCCUUAUAGUAAGCAGUGAGUACACCUGUCUCAAGAAAUCUCAGUUGGAUGUUAAAACUUGCCUUAAAAACAAGUCACAACUGCAUUACUGUACCCUGUUAAAAAUGAAGGGAUACUUUUCUGAUCUCUAUCAGAGACUUUCAGACUUGAAACUAAUAGAUCAUCGCUUUCCAAUUAUUACUUUUAAAAUGUACCCAUUGCUUGACUGUAUUCUCCCAUUUUAACAGGUGAGUUAUCUCUCAGAAAGUAAAUGUGAUUUUUUCAGCUGCUCUAAAUAUUUCUUGGAAGUAUGCAGGGUUUUUAUUUUUAAGUAGAAUUUAAACUUGCACAUGGCAUGCAUAAAAAUAUCUUCUGAAACUUGUGUGGUGCAAAGGAAGAAGAACUGCAAAAUUACACACGUUGUUCCAUUAUGUAAAGACAUUUAUAAAUAAUAAAUUGACUGCCAUUAAAAAAAAAAAAGCACCCAACUAAGCCCAGAGCAUUCACUCAUUCAUUCAUCCAUUUUUGGUUUUAGUAAAUAUCAAUACUUAAAACACAAGCUUAGAGGCCUUCCUGGUUAAGGAAUGAACACUGGUGGAUAGAAUUACGGCAUUAUUCCUGGGCCUACUGAUCAUCAUGGUUAACUAAAUAGAGGAA